GAGAUCAAAUGUACGCGAUGAUCAUAUAUAUAAGCUUUUAAGUCAAAAUCUGUUAUAUGCUAAUUAAAGCUGUACAAGCUCGUUAAUAUAUAUAGAAUGGAGAUUGUCAGAGAGCUGUUAUCAUGUGCUUGCCAGUCUGCAUGGCAAAAAAUUUGCCAACAAUUGAAAUAUAUCAGAGAAGAUGAAGUAAAUGAUCAAAAUAUGCGGAGAGAGUUAGACUUGUUGAGGAGCCAAGAAAAAGACAUUAGUGCCAAACUGAAUGAGGGCAAUGUGCGGCAUGGAAAGAGACCAAGAAAGGAGGUAACAAAUUGGUUGAAGAACUUGGAGGAGAUAGAAAGUGAUGUGAACAGCUUAGGCUUUGCUGAUGCACAAUUUUGGUUAAAUUACUACUCCCGUUUGAAGAGAAGCAAGAAGACAGAACAGAUACUGCACAGAGCUAAAGAUCUUCAGGUGAAAGGAAAUUUAUUUGCUCAAAGUGAAGAUAUAUUUAUGGGCUCACUACAUGAACAUAUGUCCAGUUGGUCUGCAGCCCCCUUACAUGGCAGUUCAACUGAAAGGAAAAAAGAAGAGAUCUUGCAAUGCAUCAUGGAUCCUGAGGUUAGUAAAAUUGGCGUGUAUGGUAUGGGCGGCGUCGGCAAGACAACAAUUGUGACACAGAUUUACAAUGAGUAAAAUGAAAAGAAAGUUUUU